AUGGCCUCAGAACGGGGCCCCACCGCAACAGAAGCUCCGCGUGCGCCCUCGACAUCGACCGUGCCGCAGACCACAGCUCCCUUUGGGUCAGUCGCUGAGCUAGCCCGGUCGAGAUCACUCAAGCGACAGCGGGAGACAACACCGACCUCGCAGGAUCCGCUGGUGCCCGGUGGGGAUAUCUCGCCAUCCAAAAUUGCCCGGCUGGUUGGCUUCGCGAGGCAGUCCCAUAACCCGUCGGUGGAUGAGAUCGCCGAAAACGAGGGCAGUCGGCAAGGGGCAGAUGAGCAUCAGCUGGCCCAACUAGAACACAGCGAAAACCAACCCGCGACCGACGAGCUCAUGUCGGGAGUCGCAGCAGACAUCCACCGACCCCAAGACGCGCCCCCGGACACGGGGCAUUCGGAUAUCGAAGCUGCUGCGGCAGCCGCGACUGCGAGGGCACUCAGCUCGGUGGCCAUUCCGACGGGCCACGUUACUGGCGACGAGCUUCACGACGUCAGCCCGCAGAGCGGUACAAGCGGAGCAAGCGUUGAGGAUGGAGAUGGACACGUAGUCGAUAGCCCAACAGCGAUGGAAGUGGACUCUCGCAACGACGAGGGUUUGUAUGCGCCACAACCCGAGGCGCCGAUGGAAGACAAGACGGGAGCGUCCCUCUCUUACCCGGGGGCCAUGCCGGCACCCGGGCAUUCUCAAAGAAUGAUGAGCAUGCCCAUAAAUGGCCCACAAACCCCCGGUCUUGACCUCACACCCCGUUCGCCAAAUUCCAACAAGAAGCACAAGUGCCCCUACUGCGAGACAGAAUUUACGCGCCAUCAUAACCUAAAGAGCCACCUACUCACGCACAGCCAGGAGAAGCCCUACAAUUGUCCAUCGUGUCAAAUGCGGUUCCGCCGACUCCAUGACCUUAAGAGGCAUAGCAAACUUCAUACCGGUGAGAAACCGCACGUGUGCCCGAGCUGUGAUAGAAAGUUUGCGCGCGGCGACGCGUUAGCCAGGCACAGCAAGGGGGCGGGUGGUUGCGCGGGCAGAAGACAGACAAUGGGCUCGUUUGGCCUCAAAGACGGCUACGAUGGAGCAGACAGCUCUGCCAUGUCGGGGGCGCUGUACGACGGCGGGGAAGACAUGUCGGAGGACGAGCGGCGCCGUCUCAGCAUGCCGAGCAUCAAGCCGCAACACGUCGCCGGACAGACGGGGCCGGAAGGCUACGGCGGCCAUUCGAGCACGUACCCCCCUGCCGGUCAACGCCAGGGCGCACCCGGCGGCCUGUAUCCGCCCAAUGUCGACCGUGGCUCGAGCACAAACACAUCCCCCAGCAUGCCGGGCGGCCACACGCCGCAAACCAGCAUAUCGUCGGUACCGCUAAGCGCGGGCAGCUCCGCCAUGUACUCGCAGGGCGGCAUGACCGAGAGCCCCAAGCCGCUGAGCCCAGGCGGCACGCAGGUAAACUCGGCCGCAGGUCAGCAACGGGCAGGCAAUGAACAACAGCAGGGCGCUCCGGGGCUGUCUCUGCCUACGCAUGGCAACACAACGACAUCCCAGCACGCGGCCGGUCGAGAACGCGGCCGGGCGGCGAGCGGUGCGGCGCAACGCCCUCCGCAGGGCGGGGAGAAUGGCGGGUUUGCGCAGCCAGACCUAUGGGCGCUUUUCCAACACCUGGAAGGCAUGGUCAAGCAGCUCAGCGCCCAGGCGGAGACGGACGCGAGAAGCAGAACGCAACUCGUGGAGAAGAUCAACACGCACGAGCAGCACAUCGCGGCGCUGACGGCCGAGGUCGCGGCGCUACGGCAGCAGUUUACCCCGCCACAGGAGGAGGAGGGCUCCCCGGCCGAUUCCGCCGCCGCUCAACAGUAG